AUGGCAGGGGAGGGGCGGGUUGAUGCAUCCUUGAGUGAUGGUGGUUCCAGAGGCUCAGGUGUAGGUACGACCGACGGAGUCGAUGCUACCAAAUUCGGAUGCACUGAAUCAAUAUUUAACCAUGAUUUCGCCAGUCUUGCACAGUCGAUGGCGCAUAGUGCGGAAGAAUUUGUGCGGCAAGUGUGGCUACGGGGGUGGCAGUUAGUUCAAUUCGCUCAAUUACCGGUGUGGAUGAAGGACAAUGAUUUUUUAGUCCGCGGUCAUCGCCCCGCGCUCAAUUCCUACUGGAGUUGUGCCAAAUCCAUUUUUCGAAUCCAUACCGAAACGGGUAACAUCUGGACUCACCUCCUUGGCUGUGUGCUUUUUAUCACAAUUUGGACCUUCUUCGUGGUAUUUGCUCCUGAAAGCAUUCAGUGGCAAGACAAAUUGGUCUUCUCGGCGUUUUUUUUGGGAGCAGUAGUCUGCUUGGGAUUCUCCUGUAUUUUCCACACUCUCAGUUGCCACUCCCUUAAAGUAUCCCGUUUCGCUAACAAACUGGACUACGCGGGAAUUGCAAUCCUGACAAUCGGGUCUUUUGUGCCUUAUCUCUACUACACCUUCUACUGUGACUUUUCCGCAAUGGUAGGCUAUCUAUCGUUGAUUUGCGUGCUCGGCGUCACGUCAAUCUGUGUGUCAAUGCUGGAUGUGUUUGCGAGCCCUCGAUUUCGCUCAGUGCGUGCUGGUUCCUUCAUUGGGCUGGGUCUUUCCGGUGUUAUUCCUGCCACCCACUACGCCGUAGUGGUGGGUUGGAAUUCUGCGGUUGAGGACGGAUCUCUCGGCUGGCUCAUAUUCAUGGCAGUUCUUUACAUCUCUGGCGCUGUACUUUACGCUCUCCGCAUCCCAGAACGCUGCUUCCCCGGUUAUUGUGACAUCUGGUUUCAGAGCCACCAAAUCUUCCACGUGUUUGUUGUGGCUGCCGCCACAGUGCACUACUACGGCGUCGCGAUGAUCUCCAACUAUCGCCUGAGUCGAGGAGACUGCAAACCCACCCCACCGAUUAAUUUUACUCAUACUUAA